GAUUUUUUAUGGCGCUGCUCUCAUUUCGACUUAGCAUUGUGUUUACAAUAGGAUUACUGUUGCUGAAUGGAUUCGUUACCGAUUCGGCGGUGCUGGCAUUUGUCAACGAAGAAGGUCCGGAGCGGCUGCGGCUAACAGCCGCACCACCGUCGCAUGUCAUCGUGACGGGCGGUCGGAAUGCUCCGGUGUAUUUGCCCUGCCAGGCAGAACUUGGACCCGAAACGUCCGAUCACAUACCGAACAGUAGUUACGGGGACGAAUAUCUGGACGGACACAACGAGGAGGAUGAUGAAGAGGAGGAAGAUGACGAGGGUUAUGAUGAAGAUAUUGAUGAGAUGGAGGACGAUUUUCUUCCCCACACCUCCUCGCUGCUAACGAGCAACGAUCUGUCCAACGAUCAGCAGCAAGGUGUGGUGCAGCAGCAACAGGUUCAGCAUUACUCGCGCCAGUACAAAGACUACGAAACGGAAGACGAUGAUGAUGAGCGUCGGCGAAGGCGGCGGCGGCGCCGGCGUCGUCGAUAUGUCCACACACAAAGACGUGGUCUCUCCGGCGGGGAGUAUUCCGGGUCGCAGAAUAUCUUCGAGUACGUGUGGUAUCGCAACGGGUCGGUAUUCCUCACCACCUCCUUCCAGAAUCAGAACCAGCAUCAAACGCAUAAAGGGUUCCGGCUGUUCGAAAACGGGACGCUACGAAUUCCGUACAACCGCCAAAAUGGAAACAUGGCAGCGGGCGUGUACCGGUGUAUGGCAACGAUCGUCAACCGUCAGCAACGCUACCAGGGCUCGGUCCUAUCCACCGCAUGUACCGUUUCGAUAGCAUAUCUCGAACGGGACAAUCGGAUCAAUUUCUCCAAUAAUACGAUCGUAGUACGUGCGAAUGAACCAACCGUCCUUCCUUGUCCCUUUCAAAGCUAUCCCAUGGCAAACAUAACGUGGUCGGUGAAUAAAACCGUACUGCAACUGCAGGCCAAUCUGGGCAGCUCUAAAGAAAGCAGAUUUUUCCUAUUGCAUAAUGGUAGCCUCCUUAUCAGUGACGUUCAACCGGCGGACAGUGGCCGAUAUCGUUGUAACGCAACGAACAAUUAUGUCACCAAAAACGUUCGCAGUACCAGUGUCAAUCUUGCCGUGAUUAGUACACCCCAAAGUAGCCUUACGGUGGAGGCAAAGAAACGUCUGUUGCCACCACUUCAACCAUUGCACCUGUCCGUUCGUGCGGGGGAAACGCUCCGGCUCCAUUGUGCUUGUUAUUCCUGUAAGCCCCAGUGGAUAUUCACGCCACGCCACAGCGAGUUGCCGAUUAGGCUGGAUAACUACACCCACCAGGUCGUGUUCGUGAACGUUUCCGUUGCCCGACACGAAGGAACAUUUACCUGCCGUGCGCCAGAUGGUACCGAUCGUCAAACGUUCGACGUGACCGUGUUAGUUCCUCCGGCGAUUGUUAGCAAAAUUGCGUCCUACACCUCGUCGGUAGUUGCCUCAAUGGCGUUCAACUGCACUGUCACGGGUAAUCCAAUGCCGACCGUCAUCUGGUAUAAGAAUGGGCGCGAGCUGACCAGUAAUUACAUCGUACAUUACAACUAUCCGAUGUUGCAAAUCAACACACUAGACCCAGAAGACGAAGGUCUGUACCAGUGCAUGGCACAGAAUGCGGCCGGUGAAAUUUCCGCCUCGUCCUAUCUGACGAUACGCGACAAACAGAAGUAUCGGCACAAGGCAAAGCGACUGGAAGGAAUCCAGUGCUACCCGGCCGAUACGACCAGCUUGUACUUAACGUUUACCGUACCACCGCAUGCCAGUGCUAACAUUGAGUACGUAAUGUACUAUCUGGCAACUGACGAUCCGUUCCGGUGGUACAGUUCGCCGCCAACACAGUUGGCAGCCAAUGGCAGUCUGCGGAUUAGCGGAAAGAUGGUUGAACCGUUUCGCAACUAUACCGUGUUUUUGCGUGCCUGCUCAGUGAGCGAUAUUACCGGCGCGGAAAACAUUCGUGGCAGUAGUACGCAAGGUAUGCAAAAAGUCAUCCCGUCCAGAUUAUCUAGGGGUGUCCAGUGCGCAUCACAAGGAUAUACUAUUCUAUCGACCUUUUUCCCAAAUAAUGGAAUUUUUAUCUGGUGGCCCAAGUAUGAUCUUGUACAACCGACUGCCUUCACUAUACAGCUUCGACAUGGUGGAAAGAGUAAUCUGACCACGUUUACAAAUCAAAUCAUCGGUACAGUUGAUCCGCUGGACGAUUACAUGUCGCACGAAGAGGUGGGCCCACUGCUUGGGAAGAUCGAUGCAGAAACGAAGGAGCUUCAGGAUUGGCUAUGGAACGAGUACGACGUGCCAGAUGGCAGUGGUGGUGACGGUACGAAAAGUACGGAAAAUCGACAACGUCAGCGACGUCGUCGUCGUCGUCGUCAAAGUCAUAGAGAAAAUCGACGUAACCGGCAUGCAUUCGAUCUGUCCAAGGAUCGGAAGCAAAUUCUCGAUUCUCUUGCUACCAGCGGAGCACUGGAUGUGGACGUAGCGCUUCCAAUGAAUGCGGCACACAUUCGAUCCAACGCGUCCAGCUUGGAGGCGGUAGUAGCAGCGGCAAAACUGUCCGCUGCCGGACUUGGUAGCCAUCUGGAUGAUGGUCGAAUACGGAAAUCUCAUCAACAAAUUACGGUAACGCAGGUGAAGGUUGCGGGUAAUGUGACCGGUAUUCUUCUCCCUAACAUACGCAGUGUGAUGGUGCGUGUGCUGGGCUCGGUAACUCCGGACGGUGAACCGAUGGUACAGGAUUUGCGAUAUGUUGAGUGGAAAGCGAUUGAUACCGAUGCACCAAGAACCGAUGCGGUAAAUAGAUUUCAGGCAAGUCACAUCGAUGCCAGAAGUGUACAAUUUACGUGGAGUCGUUUCGUUGCAACAAAGACGAUAAAUCGGUGCUUAGAACUGUGCUAUAAAAACGUAAACUAUGAUGUUACAAUGCGUGGAGGAUCAAGCCGAUUCGAUUGUCAAAAGAUUCCGAAGGAUGCGUCUUACUAUAAUGUGAAGGAUUUAAUUCCCGUUACUAUGUAUAAAGCUUUUUUAAAACCUUGCGAAUCGAAUGAGGCACUCAGUGACUUUUUGGAUUUCCAAACAAAGCACGAUGUUCCCGGGCCUGUAACUAAUCACGAGCUUCAUCGUAAGGGUGGAACCAUUAGCAUUACUUGGGGUCCACCCGAAAAUCGCAAUGGCAUACUGCAGGGAUAUCUGGUGGAAUGGAUAAACGAGGAUAGCGUGCAACACUCGGCCAAUCUAUCAGCUGACGCUAUAAGCUUCACGUUUCCGAAUGUAACAUCCGAUGAGCGCAUCAAUAUAUCGCUCCGCGCGCUAAGUAGCUCUGGGCUUGGCAUACCGAUAUACCUGAAUCUGAAAAAUUACGAGCCCAUAAUUGAUGGUGUGGAUGGGAAAGGUCCCGGGAGCCCCGGCGGUUAUAGCGAUCGUUGGUUACUCCAGCUCUACUUGAUAGUGCUUAUGCUGCUACUGUUUGUGGUGAUGGGAGUGUUUUGCUAUUUAGUAUUUCGGCGGAAAGCAUGCAAAAAGGCCGCCAAUAACUCUGGGGCACCACUUAAUAAUCGUGCUCCGUUGGCUGCCAGCAAUGAUUCCCGGCACCAUCCUGCAAUUGACGCAUCGGCAAUGCAGAUGAUGGGUAUGGUAACUGGAUGCAAUAACGAUAUGCACGAAAUGCAAACUCUAAUUCGCUCAAGCAACAACUAUCCCAAUGCGAACGGUGGGCUCAUGGCUAAUGGACUGCCCAUAAGCAGUUGCGUUCAAUCCGUGCCGGAAACGAAUACGGCCCCGGGAGCCGCAUUGGUACCCAGAAACAGAUUACAUACUAUAAAAUGCUUUGACGCUGUGACAAAUGUACCGCGGGACGAAACAGUUCCAACGCAGGUCAAUAAUGUGCGUGGAUGUACAGCUAUAACGUCCUACAAAGAGUUGUUGGGUAAAGAGCGAAUGGAAGGCGCAGAAAAGUAUGCUGUUAUUGUUCCCAACAUAAACCAUCGAGGUCGUUACGAAGUAGGUGAUAAUGUUGCUUCCAGUAUCAGUGAUACCAGUGUUGCCCUAAACAAAGAUGCUCGUCGAUCUUCGGGUGGUAAUCAAGAGAGUACAAUAGCAAAUGGUUCUAAAACACCAUCGAACUUUAGCGACAGGAUCUCGCCGGCAACACUGGCACGCAGUAACAGCGAAGACAAGCGAUCACCAUCCAUGUCAUUCUCGUCCAAAGUUUCCUGCGCUGUCCUGCCAUCGUCAUCGUCCUCGUGUUCAUCCACACCGUCGUCAUUAUCGCCCGCUUCCUCACAAUGCGCUCUAAAGAUGCGAACCCCAGUAGAAUUCGACAGUAGCCAACGUAGAUUAUUAGAGACUACUUUAGAUAGUAACACAAGCACCAUUAAUGUAGAAGAAACGGCGCAACAGCAGUUAGAUAUACCAGCAGCAGCACAACUACCACCACCACCACACCCAGUAGAAAUUUAUAAUUACGAUUAUGCAACGAACUGUGAUGAUGAAAAGGAAGAUGAAAUAGACCACAGCCGACAGCUGCUGCUUGGGCAGGAGUGCCGAAAGGUGCCUGAAAAUACAACGAGUCCGUUGGUCGUAUCGAUGUCAACAACCGACCAAACCGUUAGGGGGUUUCCUAUGGUAAAUGAGCAGCAGAAGCAUCAAAAGGGCGAUGCUCGACGCCAGCAGUUGCAACCGCAUAAGGAAACGAAUCUUAACUAUCACCACAUAGACAGGACUACGGUAGACGGGUCGCGUCCCGAACAGGGCGGUGCGUACGUGACGAGCAACGGUGUGGAACUGUCGUUGACGAAGAAGAAUCCACUAUCCUGCAACCUUAAGAGUGAUAAGGAAGACGACGGCGAUGACGACGAUGAUGAUGAGCUGGAUAAUUCAUCAUCUUUACUGAACACAAGCAGCCUCAGUACAAAACCCCUGCAUCAACAGAACCACACAUCUAGCUGGAACUUUCGGCGACCGAUCAUCGGUCCGAACGGCUAGGCUCGGCGCGAAGAAAAACCAUUAAAAAUCGGCUGUCUAGUGUUCGGCAUUGAAUGGCCGAUCACCUUACAACAGCCGGUUUGGUGGAAGUGUUGCCUUCCGCUGCCUCUCAGGUACAUUCGUUUUAUGUUGUAAUUUUUGGAGAUGCCGUUUUACUGUCUGUUUUUCGUUGUUAAGAAUACCUAACUACCGAGCAACCCGUGGCACCUAGGAAUCAUCGAACGGUGCAAAAAACGGUGAAAAGAUGGUACACGCAAGAGAACAAUUUGAUUGUUUGCAGUAACGCUAACGCGCCAGAGUGUCCUCAUGUGCACAGCGCGUGUACUAGCCAGUACCCCACGGUGAUGGUGGUACAUUAUGAAUGAAUAUCGUUCGUCACUUUACAGUAUCAGCGUGCGCUGGAAAUGGAAGGUCGUGUGUUAUGCGUAGUAAUGAUAGAACGAAGCAGAGGCUUCAUCGUAAUUUUCGAUGAUUAAUUUAAGUGAUACUUUUAGUUUGAAGUUUGCAGAUGAGUCUUCUCUACAUUUUGAAAUGCUUUCUUCCCCUCUUAUGCUACCGAUAUUUUAUGUAUAAUAAUUUUCCUAAAGCUCACCCAAUGAAUGAUGCCCACACUGGUUAGGUUCGAUUGUUUGUGUUGCAAAGGUGAACAGUUCCCGGCCACGCAACAUUGCGUGGUUAUCAUGUAUGUAUCCUAUUAUUGAAACGAUUUGCAUUUAAUCUCAACGUAAUUGAGUACAUUUUACUCAUCUACUCACACUUUCUAUUACGAAGAAAAUCGAACAGUUGAGCUACUAAUAUAUGCAUCUGUGCAUUCGUGUAUAUUGUUACAAUUGUUUUACACGAUACCAGUUUUGAUUCGUUGUCGAACGCUCUAUUAUGUUUUACAAACUCCUCCUACAGCCAAUAACACAUAUUUAAAUAGUUUUGCAACACCUCUCGCAAAAACAAAAAAACUCUUUCUAAUGGAAAUCUGUACGGUAACAGUAGCCAGGCUCCAAUAGUGUGAUCUACAGUAUUGUUUAUUUAUGAAAACUCGCAUUUUGUUUUAUCGAUAUAUUCCCCAUGACUGUGACUAUGUUGCUAUUAUAAGCCAUUGGAAGCACGCUCUCUGUGUUAAUGAAUUUGUGUACAAUAGCAGGAACUCUUUACGUGCAUCUCCGUGCAAAUUCCGUUUACAUAAAAAAACAAAACAAAACAAAAAUUCCCAUACAAACGAAGUGAAGAAGUACAUACAGUUAGAAUG